CUCACGAUCCAUUGGUUAUUUACGUCACAUCAUUCGUCACCUCCGCAGAAGCUGCAAUGUUAAUGCACCUUGUGUAUGUAUAUGCUUCAGUCGCUACAUAAUCGCUUUAGGGACGAGCAUUCCAGAUGCUAAUAAACCCCUCACAGCAAAGAUUCCUUCAAACCCUCUAUGGUUGGACCAGAUUUAAUCAACACAACGAUGCGACUCUCACAAUCAGCGUAUCCACCGCGCAGCCAUCCUGUAGUGAAGCGCAUAGAAGAGCGUGCCCUGUCAUUCCAAGGCUACGAUUCCCGUAAUCGUCUCGAACCGAUCCAAAUUGUGCAGUACCCUAUAGAUGGACAUUAUAACGCGCACACCGAUUGGUUCCCGGACGAGGAGCCAGUUAGAGAGUUGAUCACGCGACACAAAGGAGGGAAUCGGGAGUCGUCAUUUUUUGUCUAUCUGCACGCUAACUCGACUGGUGGAGGUACUGAAUUUCCUAAAUUGAGUCGACCAGCAGAGAAAUUUUGGUGCGACUAUAUUGAAUGUGCGGAGGAAGAUAAUCCUGAGGGAAGUAAUAAUGUCACGGCGAGAACUGGAGUGACGUUCAAGCCCAUUGCUGGAAAUGCGAUAUUUUGGAGAAAUUUGCACCCGGAUGGACAAGGGCAUUGGGGUACUCGACAUGCGGGGCAACCCGUGAAGUCAGGUAGCAAGACAGGUCUAAACAUAUGGACGAGACAGAUGGAUAUUGCCAGAUAUAAGCCACCGACUGCAAAAUCGGAAAGCUAAGUAGCCUCUCUAGUUACGAAAUAUGAU